UCCGUCCCACGUGGGACUCGAACCCCGAACCACACGUCACGCCGGCGGGGGUCGGGUCUUAUCAACAAACACCAUGCAUGUGCAAAUGAGGGAUUUAUCAGCGGCGAUGGGCGGGUAAAGUUACGGUGCGCCUGCCGCCCCAGGCAUUGUGUCGAGCUUCCAGGUCAGGCAACGGUCUCGUCUCGCGGGCCUCCGCACAUCUGUCGGACUAACGGCUUCACCGGGACGCCUAGCCGGGCACUUACACCGAGGUUCGCGGACACAGUACGUCUUGGGACUCCAAGGAUUUGCGGUUGGAAUUUUUAGCGCCAGUUCUAACCGUCUCUGGCAGUGUUACAGCGGAGGAAAGCCACAGAGUGCGAGUAUCUUCUUACUGAAACUUUGUACAGGAGGACAACAACUUUUGGGCCGAGUCCGUUGCGGCGUGCGGUGUGUGUUGAAGCGCAGUGUGGUACCGUCCGUUCACUUUACAUUUGCAGCUGGCGUGAUUUACUGGAAACUUGUGGACAGCGAGCAGAGAUUUACAACGACUCGUGUGCGUUUAUUCGUAGGCCGGACUACAUUGAAUAUCUGGAUUUCAAAGCACGUCCACUUCAGUAGGCUAUCAAGAGUAAACAUUUGACCUACAUUCACAGAAGCGCUAUUUUCGUAUGAGGACAAUCUUCGUCUGAAGGUGACGAGCGUUAGCGGGACACCAUGGAUACUUGCUCGGACUACUGCGGGCUUCCGGCCCGAAGAACACAGUGGGUCGUGUCGGCGCUGGCCCACCACUACGGUUUCGAUCGCGGGGUUGAGAACGAAGUCGUCGUGCUAGCUACGGGGAUGGACCAGUACAUACAGGAGAUAUUCCACAACUUGGACGAGAAAGCGUCCGGGACAGUAGAACGAGAGGACUUUGAAAUUCUGUGCCAGAUUCUGGGACUCGAGACCAGGCUGUCCGUCUUCAACGAUCUUCCAGAUAUGAUAGACUUCAGGGUGUUCCAUUCCAAACUGUGCGAGUAUUUCUGUGCGAAGAGCGGGAACCAGGGCGAUACAUGCAGGCCACACGUCUGCAAGGACUCUGAACUGAUCGAGACAGAAGUGCACGUCAGGAGUCCCAACAGGAGAGAGGUGUCCUUGUGUCCAAAGUGUUUCUGUUCCAAGCCGACAAGGGAGAGAUGCCUGGGGCGACCGGUGGGGCAAGAAAGAGAGGAGAAAGGAGUCGGGUCAACAGAAGAACAUCUAGAGAAAGCUAAGAAGCGCGUGGUCCAGCUGGAAGAGGAGGCUGACUACUUGAGGGAGGUUGUGGAGGACUUGAGAGGCGCGCUUCAGACUAGCGAUGCCCGGUCUCUGGCCUUACAGGUGGCGCUGAGAAAGGCGCACAGGCACCACCCGGAGUGCUGCAUAGGGACUACGGCCAGAGUCACGACAGCGCUAGGGUCUCGGCGGGCGGAGCGGAGGGCCACCGGGGGCAGGGCGGCCAGGUCCCGCAGCGCGGACGGGAGAGGGUACGAGAGCUGGUCGCUUCCACGUCGCGGCAGGACCGCCGACAGGUUGCGGGCGCGGGACGACAGCACGGAGUGGAUGGCAGGUGAAGUGGCGCGGCUGAUCGAGGCGCUGCCGCACUCUCCCCGGGAGGUGGGCGCGAUGCUGCGCGAGCUGAAGACGAUCCGUGAGGCGAGGGACUCGCAGGUGGGAGAGGCCAUGGCCUGGGCUGAGAACCUGCAGGAAGACCUGGACGGCUCCCGGACCGCACUCCGGGACAUCCAGGUCCUGAACGAGUCACUUGUCCGACAGAAGCAGUUCAUACAGGGAGAGCUGGAGAAGGCGCGCACAGCCCUGCGGUUCGGGCUGGAGAAGGUGCGUGAUCUGGAGGCGCAGGCCACACAGGUGCCUCUGCUACAGGCCAAGGUCAUGGAGCUACAGAAGCAGCUCGACAUCUGCCGGGCCGGUCGUGGGGAGUUGGCCUCCAUGAAGGAACAGCUGACCUUGGAAGUGGGGUACCAUUCUGACCAAUCAGAGCGCAGAUCACCUGCAGGGCACUCAGAUGUCUCAACUCCUGACCAAUCAGUGUCAAGUGGAUGCAGUGAGGAACAGUUGUUCAGGGCAGUAGAGGGCAGAGCAGCCUCGGAUGACGGGAAUGCCUGGGUGGAGAAGCGAGGGAUGGAGGGAAUGGAGUUAGAGGAGGAGGAGGAUGUAGAGAAGAUGAGUAUGGAGAAGUUAGCGGCAUGUGUGGAGCAGCUGAGAUACAAACUGAAGGAUGCUGAAGGGGAGAAGAUCACAGUGGAGGAGCAGCUCAAUGAGUUCAAGAGCGAGGUGUUGAUGGAGCUACACGAGAAGUCAACGGACAUCGAUAAGAUGCAGCUGGAGCUGCGUUGCCUGGAGACUGAGAGGGUGCGGCUGUCAAUCAUUGAGGAGAAGCUUAUUGACAUCCUGGCUGUCAUGAGAACACUGCGCCUGAUGCAAAUCUCUCGUCGUUCGAUGGGAAAGCUUGUGUUGGACAGUGUUAACAGCAAUGACAAGCCACAACAAGAUGGCGAGGGAAUUAAGGAGUUCCUGUCUGCUCUGUAUGACAACUUGAAGCACUGUGACCUGCUGUUGUCUGGACAGGACUGUCAACACAACACGUCCAACAACCUACUGGCAGUGUACGGAUAAACAACGAUAAAAA